AUGGGCCUCCCCGACCCAGCAGAAACACCAGACUAUACCACCUGGACACCCGAACAACUACAAAAACGCAUCGCAGAUCUCGAGAACCAGCUUCGAAACAACCGCAUCGCGCCUUUGCCCGAUCCUUCGACUGUGCUCCCGCCAAAGAAGAAACAAAAGCAAGAUCGUCCUUUUGAUGCUAGUCGCUAUAACACAAGACACAUUGCGCUGAAGUUUGCGUAUCUGGGUCAGAGAUAUAAUGGCUUUGAGCAUCAUACUGGAAACAAGACGCCAUUGCCUACGAUUGAGGNNGAAGAGCUGUGGAAGGCACUGACCAAGACACGGUUAAUCUUCCCUUCACGACAGGGCCAAUUGAAAGAGGNNGGGGAGAUCGACUGGGAAGGCACAGAUUACUCAAAAUGUGGAAGAACGGAUAGAGGUGUGAGUGCCUUUGGGCAAGUCAUUGGUAUCCGGGUCCGAAGUCUACAGCCCAUGCCGAAGGAGAAGCCAGCACAAGAGGAGAAUGCAGAUGCAAUGCAAGGAAUUGAGGGAAACGCGAAAGAGCAGGAAGCCAACAAGGAAGAGACAAAGCCAGAGAAGCCUUGGGAUCACAUCAGGGAUGAGCUACCGUAUAUCCAACUACUCAAUCGUGUCUUGCCUGAAGACAUCAGAAUGCUCGCUUGGUGCCCAACACCGCCUGCCGACUUCAAUGCUCGCUUCAACUGUCGCGAACGUCGAUACCGUUACUUUNUUACCCAGCCCGCUUUUGCGCCCGUCCCUGGAGAUGCUGGACUUAUGACCACAGCAACUGGAAAGACACUAAGAGAAGGAUAUCUGGAUAUCGAAGCCAUGAAGGAUGCGGCAAAGAGAUAUGAGGGUCUGCACGACUUCCGCAAUUUCUGCAAGGUCGAUCCAGCAAAACAAAUCACAAACUUUGAGAGGAGAAUUUUCAAGGCAUCGAUUGAGGAGGUUGAUGUGAGCCAGACGCCUGCAGGUUUCAUAUCGUAUCCGGCAUUUGCUCAAACUGCAAACGGCGAAAACAAAACAGGUGUGAGUGGCGAUUUGAGCAUUCCAAAGAUUUAUACCUUCGACGUCAAUGGAUCUGCUUUCUUGUGGCACCAGGUGCGCCAUUUAGUUGCAGUAUUGUUCUUGGUCGGCCAAGGGUUUGAGCCUCCAUCCAUCAUCUCGGAUCUGUUAGACAUGGAGAAGUAUCCCACAAGGCCAAAGUACGAAAUGGCAACAGAUGCGCCGCUAGUUCUCUGGGACUGCAUCUUCCCAGACCAUCAUGACAACGAUCAGAGCAGAGAAGAUGACAUGAACUGGGUCUAUGUGGGCGAGACUGGCGGCCGUGAAACCAACAAGCGCCCCGAUCUUGAUGGCGGAGACAGCAAAUUUGGCAAGGGAGGGAUUAUGGACUCGAUCUGGGAGGUGUGGCACAAGCGCAAAAUGGACGAGAUCCUGGCUGGCAGUCUGAUGGACGUUGUUGCUGCACAAGGCAAGCGGUCACCAGCGGAUAUUAAGCUGCCUCCGGCGACCGAAAGAAGUCCUAGAUUGUUCGACGGCGGCGAUUGGCCUAGACCAGUGGGCACGUAUGUCCCCAUUGCUCGCAAACAGAGGAUGGAGCCUGUUGAAGUGGUGAAUGCCAGGUAUCUCGAGAGAAAGGGUCCGUAUAAGCCAAAGUUCAUGCGCAAGGAUGAAGGAGAUGAGUAG